GGCAAGAUGGCGGGGCGGCCUAUGCAAGCUGCAAGAUGUCCCACGGAUGAGCUGUCCCUGACCAACUGUGCUGUGGUGAACGAGAAGGACUUCCCAUCUGGGCAACAUGUUGUUGUGAAGACCUCUCCCAACCACAAGUACAUUUUCACCCUCAGGACCCAUCCCUCGGUCGUUCCUGGCAGCAUUGCCUUCAGCUUGCCCCAGAGGAAGUGGGCCGGGCUCUCCAUCGGGCAGGAGAUCGAGGUGUCCCUGUACAGCUUCGACAAGGCCAAGCAGUGCAUCGGGACCAUGACCAUCGAGAUCGACUUCCUGCAGAAGAAGAACAUCGACUCCAACCCCUACGACAGCGACAAGAUGGCAGCAGAGUUCAUCCAGCAGUUCAACAGCCAGGCCUUCUCUGUGGGCCAGCAGCUGGUGUUCAGCUUCAAUGACAAACUCUUUGGCCUCCUGGUGAAGGACAUGGAAGCUAUGGACCCCAGCAUCCUCAAAGGGGAGUCUGGAGCUAACAAAAAGCAGAAGAUCGAGGUUGGCUUGGUCCUUGGGAACAGUCAGGUUGCCUUUGAGAAAGCUGAGAACUCCUCUCUCAAUCUGAUAGGCAAAUCCAAGACCAAGGAGAACAGGCAGUCCAUCAUCAACCCUGACUGGAACUUCGAGAGGAUGGGCAUCGGGGGCCUGGACAAGGAGUUCUCCGACAUCUUCCGCAGAGCCUUCGCCUCCAGAGUCUUCCCCCCGGAGAUCGUGGAGCAGAUGGGCUGCAAGCAUGUGAAGGGCAUCCUUCUGUAUGGACCUCCAGGCUGUGGCAAGACCCUGAUGGCCAGGCAGAUUGGGAAGAUGCUGAAUGCCAGAGAGCCAAAGGUGGUGAAUGGCCCUGAGAUCCUCAACAAAUACGUGGGGGAGUCGGAGGCCAACAUCCGGAAGCUGUUCGCUGACGCAGAGGAGGAGCAGAGGAGGCUUGGAGCCAACAGUGGUGUGCACAUCAUCAUCUUCGACGAGAUUGAUGCCAUCUGCAAGCAGCGGGGCAGCAUGGCGGGCAGCACCGGCGUGCACGACACCGUCGUCAACCAGCUGCUCUCCAAGAUCGAUGGUGUGGAGCAGCUCAACAACAUCCUGGUCAUUGGAAUGACCAACAGACCUGACCUGAUUGAUGAGGCUCUGCUGAGACCAGGGAGGCUGGAGGUGAAGAUGGAGAUUGGGCUGCCGGACGAGAAGGGUCGGUUCCAGAUCCUGCACAUCCACACAGUGAGGAUGAGGGAGCACCAGCUGCUGGCUGAGGAUGUGGACAUUGCAGAGCUGGCUGUGGAGACCAAGAACUUCAGUGGGGCUGAGCUGGAGGGGCUGGUCCGGGCUGCACAGUCCACAGCCAUGAACAGGCACAUCAAGGCCAGCAACAAGGUGGAGGUGGACAUGGAGAAGGCAGAGAGCCUGCGUGUGACCAGGGGAGACUUCUUUGCCUCUCUGGAGAACGACAUCAAGCCGGCCUUUGGAACCAACCAGGAGGACUAUGCCAGCUACAUCAUGAAUGGCAUCAUCAAGUGGGGUGACCCAGUGACCAGGGUGCUGGACGAUGGGGAGCUGCUGGUGCAGCAGACCAAGAACAGCGACCGCACACCGCUGGUCAGCGUGCUGCUGGAAGGUCCCCCCCACAGUGGGAAGACUGCUCUGGCAGCAAAGAUAGCAGAGGAGUCCAACUUCCCCUUCAUCAAGAUCUGCUCUCCUGACAAGAUGAUUGGCUUUUCUGAAACAGCCAAGUGCCAGGCCAUGAAGAAGAUCUUUGAUGAUGCCUACAAGUCCCAGCUGAGCUGCGUUGUGGUGGACGACAUCGAGAGGCUCCUGGAUUAUGUCCCCAUUGGGCCUCGCUUCUCCAACCUGGUCCUGCAAGCCCUCCUUGUGCUGCUCAAGAAGGCUCCUCCCCAGGGCCGCAAGCUGCUGAUCAUCGGCACCACCAGCCGCAAGGACGUGCUGCAGGAGAUGGAAAUGCUGAAUGCCUUCAGCACUACCAUCCAUGUGCCCAACAUUGCCACAGGGGAGCAGCUGAUGGAGGCCUUGGAGCUGCUGGGUAACUUCAAAGACAAGGAGCGCAGCACCAUCGCCCAGAACGUCAAAGGGAAGCCUGUCUGGAUUGGCAUCAAGAAGCUGCUGAUGCUGAUUGAAAUGUCCCUGCAGAUGGAUCCUGAGUACCGAGUGAAGAAGUUCCUGGCUCUGCUGAGGGAGGAGGGCACUCCCUACCCUAGACUGAAGCUGGACCAAGUGCAAGAUCAACAGCUGGGAAAGCGACCAACCUGGAGAAGGUUCCCUGGGAUCUUUGCUCUCCUGUGCUCUCCACUCUGGACACAGUGA